UUAUCUCCCUGAAACUCAUGGACUAAAGAGCAAAUACUCCUUUUAGUAGUCUAUUUAUUGAGUUUAUUUUGUCUGCUUGAUUACACUUCCCUUCAACAUUACCGAUUCUGGUUCCCCUGAUUCUGUUCCCUGUUCAGAAUUCAGUUCUGUACUGUUUUCAGCAUCCCCCCUUCCACUUCAACCUUGCUUAAUUCUCGUUUUUUAUCCAGCUCAUUUUUUUUUUGGGUAUUUACUGUUUAAAUGUAUCUUUUUCGUUGAAAUAUAAGUGACCACUGAGCAGAGAGGGAGCAACUUCAAUGGUGAUAAAGCUCUCAACUUUAAAGCUUACCAAGAAAAUCCCCAACUGGGUUUGUUCAAAACCCUCUCUUUCUUCACUUUCUGGUGCUUGUAGAAUCCAAAUCAUCCCUGAAACCAAUCAGCCCUCUACCCCUUCUUCUGACUUCGACACAAAGAUUCAAGUUUUAAAGAAUAAGCUUCACCCUGAAACUUUAGCCACCGUUCUCGAUUCCACAACUGAUUUGGAUUCUUCAUUGAAGCUAUUCAAAUGGGCUUCCCUUCAAAAAAAGUUUCAUCACUCUGCUGAUACUUAUUUUCAAUUAAUCUUGAAGCUAGGUAUGGCUGGAAAAAUAGAUGAAAUUGAAGGAUUUUGUAAUGAGAUGGUAAAGGAGAAAUUCCCAAAUUAUGAACAGGUUCUUGUGGCUUUGUUAGAUGCAUUUGUUAGAAAUAGUAGGCUUAGUGAGGCUUUGUGUGUUUUUUCUUGUAUAAAUUUGAGUAGCUUAAAGCUCUCUAUAUCUGAAUUUAAUCAAUUAUUAGUUGCACUUAUCAAGGAAAAUAAAGAAUUUAAGGAUGUAUUAUUCGUGUAUAAGGAGAUUGUGAAAGCUGGAAUUGGUCCCAAUAUUGAUACACUUAAUUAUUUGAUAGAAGCUUUGUUUGCUGCCAAUCGUGUUGAUGCUGCAUUGGAACAAUACAAACGACUUCAUAAGAAAGGUUGUAAUCCCAAUGGGAGGACUUUUCAGAUAAUUAUUGGUGAACUUGUUGCAAGGGGUAGAGUGGAUGAGGCACUUGUAAUUUUAGAUGAUAUGUUUAGCGUACGGUGUGAACCGGAUUAUUCUGGAUUUUAUGCUCAUAUAAUUCCUUUAUUUUGUGAGAUGAAUAAAUUAGAUGUAGUGAUGAGGUUGUUCUCUGUGAUGAGAGAAUCUAAGGUUCUUCCUGAUACACCAACUUAUGGAGCAAUGAUAAAGUGUUUGUGCGAGAAUCUUCUCGUGGUUGAUGCUGUAAAACUUGUAGAUGAAAUGGUGUAUAGUGAUGUUAGGCCAGAUGAUGAUGUAUUCAUGAGAAUAAUAGAUGGAUUAUGUGAAUUGAAUAUGUUGAGUGAAGCUAAGGAGUUUUUGAAUGACAAAGAAGUUGCAAGUGUACUGCCUUACAAUGCACUUCUUGAAGCUUUUCUAAAUGAUGGCACCUUUAGUAUAGCCGAAGAUCUGUUUGAUGAAAUGUUUGAGAGAAACAUCACAGAUCAUCGUUCUUGGAAUAUCAUGAUUCGGUACAUGUGUGAUAAUGAAAAGCUGAAAGAUGCUUUGAAAUAUCUUGCUAGAAUGACUGUUUCCUCCGUUAGCCCUGAUUCGUCUACAUAUUCUGCUCUCAUCAUUGGCAACUGUAAAUUAGGUGAAUGUGAGGAUGCCUUGGCUUUGUUUCAUCAAUUUAGGGCCAAAGCUGGGUUAAUAGAUUUGGUAUCAUAUGCUCAACUUAUUGAAUGUCUUUGCCACAAGGAAAAGAUUCAGGAAGCUGCUGAAAUAUUUUGCUUCAUGUCAACAAAGAGAUACGCUCUUCAGUCCAGUUCGUUUGACAAGCUUAUGAAGGGACUUUGUACUAGUGGCUAUGCUGGUCAAGCAAUCAAAUUGCUACCACUUGCAUAUUAUUCUGGUACGUUGUCUUCUACUGCUGCUUACAACAGCAUAUUGCAAGGCCUAUUCAGUUUAGGCAGAGCAAGUGAUCUCUUUGUAGUGCUCUCGAGAAUGAUUGUAAAUGGUUGUACCCUGGAUGGUGAAACAUAUUGCAUUCUUAUUCGGGGCAUGACUUCGCUUGGGAGUGUAGAGAAGUCUGCCCUGUUCUUGGAUUCAAUGCUUCGGCGGGGUCUAUCACCAGAUUCAGAAACACUUGCUGAACUUCUGGAAUAUCUAGUGAAAAACGCUCAGGUCCACAUGAUACUUUCUUCAAUAGAUAAGCUCGUCUCAGAAUCUGAAGUUGUUGAUUCAGCUAUGUACAACAUGCUGAUAAAUGCUCUCUUGAAAGAGGGAUACAAAAACAAGGCCUCUUUCUUACUGGAGUUGAUGUUGGAUAAGGGAUGGGUCCCUGAUUCUAGUACUCACGCUUUAUUAGUCGGUUCCAGCGUGCAAGAUGAAAUAGAUGCCAAAAAGCCUUCCCAUGACAAUUUGAUCACACAGGAUACUGUUGGCUAUAUACUUGCUGAAGGUCUGGGGAAUUCAGAUGGACCUGACUGCAGACCAUAAUACUCUAAUGGGGAGAUUGUUUCAGCAAUCAAGUUGAAUGGUACGUAAAUGUAGAAUAUUGGUGAUCUGAAGAAAAUUAUGAUGUACUCCAAAUCUUCCGUUAGAUACCUGCUUCAAUCUUCAACACUGAUCUACGAAGCACACCUAAAAGUGAACAGGCUUUUUUUUCGUUGUAAUGGCGGUGUUUGAGCCAGCUCACACGCACGUCGACUGAUGCACGGGGUACCUUCUACCUCUCACCAGCACAGGUAACAUGUAACUAUGUCCAUAAAGGCUUAGAUCGAUAAAAAGAAAUCACCAAACAUUUUUGCCUCUUCUGGGGUGCAGGUGAUUAGUAUACUACUACAACCAAUAUUAAGGUUAACUGUAUCAUAUGCUGAGCAACUAUGCAUUUGUAAAUGUUGAGAAAUAUGUAUUCUUGUGCUGCUCGGCUCAUCUCUAUCUGUGGAGGCCAGGAGCUAUGUUCAGAUCUUAACGUUCUUUCGAUACACUGCCCUCUGAUCAGGCAAGUCCAGGCUCGGCUAGAGAUAUUAAGAAGGAAACUCAAAACACUGUUUAGUACUUGCACUCGAGCUUUGCCUGAAAUGUCGUUGAUGUACUCGCUCAAUUUUGAGAUAUGAAUUUUCUUUUAUAAGUGAACUCGGCAUAGUGAGUUACUUGCACUCAGACUCCUCAACAUUGUAUUCAGAACAGAAAUGAAUGAAAUAGUUUCUUCGUUA